AUGAAUUUAUGCAAAAUUCAGUGUUGGAGAAGACAUAUUCAGGGGAGGGGGGGAUGGGCUAUUGCAGCAGGUGUUGGGGGUAGGGGAUUCAACAGUAAAAUGGCUUCGAGCACAUCUUCUUCCUCGAAGGGUGAGAGAAAAGCCAUACAUAAAAAAUUAAGCGUACUUAUAGUUGAAAACGAGGACAUCGCGCAGACGGCAUAUAUAUUGUGUCUUCAAAAGUGUGGGGCAGAGACAUUAGGAGUGAGAAAUGGGGCAGUUGCUGUUAAGAUUCAUGAUAUAACACAAAUGCGUUUUGAUCUAAUCCUAAUGAGCUCUACUAUGCCUAUUAUGGAUGGUAUCGAGGCAACAAAAAAGCUUAGAUCAAUGGGUAUUACUACUAUGAUUGUGGGAAUGCCAACUCAAAGUGACAAUGAAGAAUACCGCAAGGAGUUUAUGGAAGCUGGUCUUGAUAAAUGCUAUGAGCAACCAUUAACAAUGGAGACAUUUCAAAGUCUUAUUGAGAAAGUUUCCAAUAAAGUUUAGAAAAAAAGUGAUCUUUUAUAUUGAUAUUAAAGAAGAAAUAAAACUAUAUAAUAUAGUUCUUUAGUCAUGUACUUGACCUAUUCAAGUACUAUC